AUGGUGGACGCUGUUCUCCUCCUUUCCUUCUGUCCCCAUUCACCAGCUGCUCUCUCCUUUCCUGCCGUCCCCACUCACCAGCUGCUCUCUCCUUUCCUGCCGUCCCCACUCACCAGCUGCUCUCUCAUUUCCUGCCGUCCCCACUCACCAGCUGCUCUCUCCUUUCCUGCCGUCCCCACUCACCAGCUGCUCUCUCCUUUCCUGCCGUCCCCACUCACCAGCUGCUCUCUCCUUUCCUGCCGUCCCCACACCCUCCCCACUUGUCUCUUGCCUCCCCAUGCCCAAUUCACUCACCUCACCACCUGCUUUCUCCACCCCUCACCCUCCCCACUCACCAGCUGCCAUGCGGAGUGGUGA